AAGCAGGAUGUCAGUGAAUUAUCUUGGUUUCGAAUUUCACUGCUUUCUUUAACCUCAAAGUUUGGUAACCUACAAUCUUUUACUUGCCUUCCUCCUAAGAAAUAUUGUCCAAUCAAAGGUAGGCUACUUAAUUCCACAGAUCCAAAACCGUAUCCAGACACAAUAGAACCUAGAAUGACAAGAGAGUAAGACAUGAAAACAACAAAAACCGCACGCCUUAAGCAUUACCUCUAAGACAAUUGCAAACAAUUGCUCCUUAAAGAAGGAACACAACUGGUUGAAUUUAGAGUAUGCCAAAUUUAUGGAUAAAUAUUGAAUAAUUAAAUAACAACAGUGGAAGCAAAGCCCAUCUUCGCACAAAAGCAGAAGAGAUGGAGCUGGACAACAUGACUCUGAGGGACAACUCCAGCCAGACCUGUCCGUCCAUCGAUGAGUUCCGGAACCAGGUUUAUUCCACCGUAUACUCCCUAAUAACCGUCUUUGGCCUGGUAGGAAAUGGCUUUGCUGUGUUGGUACUGGUCCAAACCAAGCGCCAGAGCUCGCCCUUCCAUGUCUACAUGCUCAAUCUGGCUGUGUCCGACCUGCUGUGUGUCAGCACGCUCCCGCUGAGAGUCCUCUACUACGUCAACAAAGGCCAGUGGAACAUGGGAGAUUUCCUGUGUCGCAUCAGCUCCUACGCCCUGUACGUUAACCUGUACUGCAGCAUCUUCUUCAUGACCGCCAUGUCUGUCACCCGGUUCAUUGCCAUCGUGUUCCCUGUCCAGAACUUGCGCCUGGUGUCUCAGAGCCGCGCUCGCCUGGUGUGUGUAGGCAUCUGGGUGUUCAUCUGCGCCGUCUCCUCGCCCUUUCUGAUGUCAGGCGAGUACUACGACCCAGACACCAACAAGACUAAGUGCUUUGAGCCGCCGCCGCGCAAAGAUAACGACCUGUCCAAGCUAAACAUGCUCAAUUACUUUUCCCUGGCGGUGGGCUUUAUCCUUCCCUUCCUGAUCAUCCUGCUCUGUUAUGCCGGGAUCAUCCGGGCACUGCUGUCACGCGCCCAGAGCUCACGGUGCAAUCGCGGCUCGGGCUCCAAGGCCAUCCGUAUGAUCAUUAUCGUCGCUCUGGCCUUUUUGCUUUGCUUCACACCUUACCACGUGCAGCGCAGUCUUCACCUCAGCUUCCUGACGCGCGCCGACACCACCUGCGACGAGGUGGUGGCCAUGCAGAAGUCGGUGGUGGUCACGCUGUGUCUGGCAGCGUCCAACUCCUGCUUUGACCCGCUGCUCUACUUCUUUUCCGGGGAGGGCUUCCGACGUCGCCUCUCCACCAUGCGGAAGCCCACCAUGGUAGGGAACUGCAGGCCCCAGGCACUGCCCAGCCUCACAGAGAAUCCUGAGGGGGAGAACUGCCAGCUGAAGGCCCACUGAUGCUGUGCCAGUGACCCAGACAUCAACACGCUUGAGAGAGAGAGGUGGGCUAGAGUUGUCACACGCUGACCCGACACUGCGUUGUGAGAGGAGCUGCACUUCCAGAGAAGACAGUCUUUUGUGUUUCUGAGGGUAUUCUGUGGUCUUGUUAGGAAAAUCUUCCCAAUAUGGCGGUAGUGCUAACACUCCCUUCACUAUCAAAAGGGUGUUCAUUUCCGCUUCAGGGUGACCUGAAGUGGAAACUUCCUUCUUCCUUAGAAUGCCACCAAGCUUGUUGUAUGAAUACACAGAUUAGAUUGCCCCAUUGUCUGCCUCUUACCUGUUAAUUAGUUUUUCACGCUUCCCCUCAAACCAAACACUGAAAACUAGUGUUGGUGCUUUCCUAAUGUAGCUCUUAGCUUUCAUCACCAUUUGGUGAAAUUAUGCCUUCUUGCAUAUUUGAGAAUAUCAUGUAACAACUUUAAAAGGGAGGAUAGAGGGAUAGAAGGAUGGGGAGGGGGGAUAGAAGGAUUUUGAUUAUGUCAUACAGACUGACAGACUAUAAGGGCCUCAUUUAAUAACAGGAUUGAGCCCAUUUGAGGCGUAAAAUAGUGGGUAAAGACAUAAAACCGUAUUUACAAAGGCAGUGCACUUGAGUAAAAACGCAGAUUACCGCUGCUGGGAGGGUAUAAGGGAAAGUGGAUGUGUGCCGCAAAGAGAUUGAGGAGAGGUGUAUUUCGUCCUUGUAACAUGUUAAUGUUAGCUGUAACUUCGUGAACCAAUAUUUGUAUCUCCUGUUCGCUGAACCUUCUUUUUCUUUUCCUCGAAUCACUCAUGGUGGCAGUAACAUUUAGGCGAUUUCUCCCGUCUUUUAAAGGCACGCUAAUUAGGCCUAACACUAAAGGGCUGAGUAAGGCGCCAAUUGCCUGACGAGGAUCUGGUUUGAUAAAUACCGGAAUGCGUGAAUACACCGUGCGCUAUUUACGGUUGGGCAAAGGCGCAGAUGAAGCUGCGGUCGCAAUGUUAGUAAAUGAGGCCCCAAGUGUCAGGGGAAACAUUUAAAUGGUAUUCCUUGACAGGUUUCAAUCUCUAUCUUACUAGACAAUUGAAUGAUGGCAUGUGUUUAUGUAUGUAUAUGAGCAAUGUGUUGUACAGUAAUUGAUGUAUUGAAUUCAAUAUGUGAUGAAUUAAAUCUAGUGCACUUAAAUAUUGGAUAGGAUUUGUCUCAUGACUGGUUUCACGUUCAUCAGGUCUGAUGUUUGCUCGUGGCCAGUAUUAUGGGACAGCUGUAAGGUUGGAGAUUUUAUUAUACCAAACUUCCAUUUACUUGAAAGUUUGCACUCUUGCACACAACAUACAACUUUUAAGUGUGCUUUAAAUCCUGCCUGCUGUACAUAUUUCUACAUAAAAAUAAAAAUGUUAUUGUAUGGUCCUGACAGCUUUAUUCCUGUUGUUAGCACAUAAGAACAUGAAAAACACGUGACAAGGUGCAUACAAGACUGCAAUAUAUCGUUAUGAUGACAAUCUAAUGAUUGGGAUUAACACAUGAAAAUAAUUUAAUUUUCAUUAGCCAUUAAAUAUUGUGCUCCAAUGACCAGCUCCAGGCAUAUCUGCAGUACACUCUUUCAGCCACUGUGUGUCAGCAAAGUGCAGAAAUCCUCCUUUCUGCGCUGCAUGUUGAGAAAAGUGUACCCCCCUUUGACCCUGACCGGAAUGUAAAACAAUCAAGAUCAAGUUUAGUGUAAAGUCUACCUUUCAUAUUUUCAUAUUUGUCUCCUUCAAUAAAUGAAUGAGUUUGUUACUAACUUAAGAGUAAUCAAAGGGUGAAAGGCCCUGUGUGUGGAUCUAAGGUUCAGUCUGUGACAGAGAGCUGUAGAACUUCAUGUAAGUUAUUGGGAAAUGUAUAUAAAUUCUUCCAUUAAAUUCUUAUCUUCAAGUUCUGAGAACACAUUUCAUACAGUACACAUUCAUGUUACAGCUAGGCUCUGACACAUGAUACAUCUUUCUAUGUCAACGCAGGUUAGAUGUUGUGUCAGCGCUUUUACUUUCCUGCGCCUCUUUGCUCUCAUUCAGUCGAUUCUGCCAAAAGUCACGUUAGAGAUGAAGCUCAAUGUUCUCGCGGUUUCCUCAAGAUAAGGGUUAUCCGGUGACCUCUGCAAUGUGGAGGGAGGUACCGCAGAGCAAACGUCAGCAUGUAGGAGGGCUAGAAGACAGUCUGCAGUGAGUCAAGACCCAGAGAGGAACACACAAGGACACUUACAUUUACAUUUAGUCAUUUAGCAGACGCUCUUAUCCAGAGCGACUUACAGUAAGUACAGGGACAUUCCCCCCGUGGCAAGUAGGGUGAAGUGCCCUGCCCAAGGACCCAACGUCACAACGUCGGCGUGGAAUCGACACUUGGGUCAGGCUGUCCAGGACUGACAGUGUGUGUGUGUGUGCCUGCAUGUGCAUGUUUCCAUUUCCGUAACGGAAGGGCAGGAAGGAUGCUAGAACAACAAUGGGCAAUUUAGCAUAAUCACUGCCCAUUGUAACUGACAUCAUCGCUGUUGUGAUUGUGCAACACACACACAGGGUAUGUGUGUUUACUUAUUUGUGAAUUCAUUUGCAUGUGUAUGAGCAUGCAGAGUAUUGCAUGUCUCCACAUGUGCUGGCUUCUGCAUGUCUGUGGCACAACCUAAAACUGACCCGAAGCCAAGUGUGAGAGCCGCCCACAAGCUCCUACACCCUUGUUAGCUUCGGCAGAAGGACAAAAGUGGCUGUGGGUGUGUAAGGGUGGGUGUCUCAGGGUUGAUGGGUGGGGUCCAGGUUCAAGGUUCAGGGGGUGGUAGCUGAGGUGCAAACAGGGGACUGUGGGGGUCUGGAGUCUGGAGUCUGGAAAACCACUGUAGCCCUGGAAUGUUCCUGAAUUCACAUAAGGAGUCGAUCACUUCUCACUCAAUAACCAACCAGCUGAAACAUGAACAUAGCUAAUGUCACUGGUGCUAAGUCAGACGUUAGUCUGGUUGUUCACCCCAGUGCUGUGAUAGUCCCCAGCCCCAGCUCCCUGUCCUCUCACACAACUCCCCAUGCCCCAGAUCCCUACAGUCUCCCCAUCUCCCACCCAGUCUCUCUCCUCUACAAUUCCCCUUUGUCCCAGUUACUCUCGUCGUCCUUCUAUGUUUUUGCCUUAAUUGCCAAGUCUCUCUGUGACAAUCCAGCUAUUUUAAUCCAUCUCUACCCCACCCCAUCUCCCCUUCAAGUCCCCCUCUCCUAUCUUAUUCUUCCAAUCCUUCUCUCCCACCCCAUCUCUCUCAUACCCUCCUUACUAGGGUCCAUCUCCUUGCUAACAUGAAACCCGUGACUGAAGAGCCGGCCUCCUCCACAGGGCCUGUGUACUCCACAGAGAGUAUUUUUGUCUGCCAGUGUAUUUCUGUCUCCUUGACUAGCACGAUGUGACGCACACACUCCUUGGAGAGAAAGGGUCUUCAGUGUUUGUGACCCUCCAGUCAAAAUGUUAUCACCCCAUCGCUUUCCAAAUCAUAUCAAGUCUUCUGGCAUUUACCAAACCCCACAUUUUCCUAGAAAAGACCAGAACCAGUGUGUUAGAUUUUGUAAUCAGGGCACAAACCAUUUACAAAGUUAAAUUGAAUGACAAAAUGAUUAAUGUUAAAAGAUAAAUGAGUAAUUCAAAGACUUGUAGUAACUUGAAUACCUAACUCAGGCUUUUUAUGAAAUCUCUAACUGAUAUCACGGUAUACUUUGUGUAAAUAUGACACAAUUUCAACUCUGUUCUAUUUGAUUAAAUGAGUCAUAUUUACUUUAAAUAUUUACUUUCCAUUCCUUAAAUAACAAAUGUAAAAGGCCUAGAAAAUUGUAUUUCCUCGUGCAGAUAUAUCACAGGAAGUGACGAGAAUAACAUUUAGUGGAACCUUUCAAAUCUUCACGUACGACUGGAUGACAGGAUAACCAAACACGUCAUGUUGUAGACAGAAAUAGCACAGUAGUACUGUGAACCUCAAAAGAGCCCAUUUGCAAACUGAAGAAUUUCCUAACAUACAUGCCAGAAUGACAUUAAAAAAGACGACCGGGUCCAUCUGGACGAAAAAUGAGUCUGGAAUUACAGUGAAAUGGUAACUUUAUUUAUUUAUUGCCCAGAGGCUAUGGGACUCUUCUGACUACGAGGAACACAAGAGGCCCUUCUGUCCCUAAUCAGCCAAGCGGCCCCAUCCCUCAGGCUCCUGCUAAUGUCUCAUUCAUAAUGGCAUACUCUUCCUCAUUUACUGAUAAGGUGAUACGCCCUGUCAAAUCAAUUCAUGUGGAUCGGUCUGUGAUGUGGUACUGUGUGGUUGUGAAGCUUUUUGCCUCAAUAGUGACCCUGUGGAAUGCAAAUUUUAUUGAACUCCCCCCUCAAACACACAAAUUAUCUACUGUAUCUUUUUCUCACUUUCCAACUCUGAAAAUAACACUCUGAAUGUAUCAUGGCUAAAACAAUGUACAUGUUGUUUGCUGAAAAUAAAACAUUGGUUUCUCGCA